UCAAAUAUUCCAUGCGUCAAUACCGUUUUCUAAUGUUUGUCUGAUGUUACUUUCCAUGUUUAGUGUAAUCUCAGUUCUAAAUUUGCUGCAUCUUAGUAAGCAACUACCUGGUUGCAACUAGAUAGUAGGCUUUAGAUAUUAUAGUGUUUGUGUAUGUGUCAGUUGAAAAUGACUUAUACUUACCUGAUUUUAUUUCAAAAAUAUCCCUAUUAUUAAUAUUCUUUUUAAAAAUCAUCGAUUUACAAAAAGUAAAAGCAAUUUAUGAACACUUGUGGAAGUAAUUAAACUAGGAAAGUUCCAACCCUACAAUAUAUGAGGCUAGGUAACUCACUUCAGUGUGGGCUCCCUUUCUAGGUGAUGGGUUAGGUGGUUGGCAGCAAUGGCUCAGGUGUGAUGCAGCAGUCUGAUUGUGGCCGCUACGUGAACUCAGUGUCUGAUUUGUACGGCGCCGACGAAAUAUCCGUCCUACUGGAGGAGAUACGGGACCUGGAGCCGGCCAGCUGCCGGCCCGAAGACCUGCAGGACUUUGAGAUCGCCGGCAGCCAGUCUGGCGGGGCCCAGGGGGGCCUGGGUGCCGGCAGUGAGACACCCGGUGACCUUGGCACUGUUCACUCGUGGGACUCGCACGCCAACUACAAGCACCAUUUGCCCGGCUCGUCGCCCACGCACUCUAUCUUCUCCGGUGUUAUUCUCUACUGCGACGAAACCCACUUGAAAUCGUCCACUGGUGUUAUUAGACUCCUGCUUGUUAUCUCAUCAGUAGCAUGCCUGGCCUGUUUAUGUACGUCGGGUACAGUGAAGGUGGGUCUGUUCAUGCUGCCUCUGUUAGGCCGACUGCGGCUCAUGAUGUUCGUCACAAUCUUCAGCCUACUAGUCACCUGUCUGUUCCUCUUCCUCGAUAUAUCACAUGUCAUCUACCUGUUUCCGUUCAAUUGGGGAAAACUGAAUGCGUUCUUCUACGUUAGCAUGAGUGUCCUCUACCUCAUAAGUUCUUCACUUAUGUUGCAUCUAUUGCAUGCCUAUGCAGAAACAUAUUCGUGGGUACCCAAAUGGACCCGUGAUCAACUCUUAAUAACAGGGAUUCUGGGCUACAUUUGCGCGGUGGAGGCGCUGGUUCUGUCGCUGCUGACGCGCUGCGACGGUGGCCAGUACAGUCCCGUCGAGGACGACCCCAGCACCAUGACGCUGCAGGAGCGACGCGAGCUGCACACCGCCGGAACCACCCCUCCCAACUGGCACGACCAGGACCUGCAGCUGCAGCAGCCCUGCUCCUCCAAGCACCACUCCGACCCCUACAGACUCGCGUGAUACCGGUUGCCGCUCUUUUCUAGCGCUAGUCGUCAAUCGGUCGCUUAGAACACACCCCGACCUCCUCCUCCCCACUCCACACCACUCUGAGAACGCUCUUCUGUCGACUCGUUCAAUCAUGAUAUCGAAUGAUAGCUCAUUAACUUAGUUAUUCAACCAUGAUAGCCUACCAUCCAAUCACUCAUUCAACCAAGUUACUUGUGUGAAACCUGCUAGCAUAAAUGGCUGUUAUAUCAACUUGUUCAAUCAUUAUAAAGAUACAGUAUUUCCCACCGCUAGAUAUUUAUAGUCGCUAGUCAGUUGGUAAGAGGCUCUCCUCAUCUCACAAUCGACUAACAUCGUUGAAUAACAUCAUCAAUCGACUCUGAGAAAUCUAAUUUUUAAUGUAUUUAGUCACUUAUCCAUUGAUUAGUACACCCUACCCCAUCACAGUACUCGCGAAUUAUAUCAUCAAUUGAUUCUGAGAAAUAUAAUUUUUAAUGUAUUUAGUCGCUUAUCUAUUGAUUAGUACACCCUAUCCCAUCACAGAAUUCGCGAAUUAUAUCAUCAAUUGACUCUGAGAAUGCUAUUCUACCAACUCAUUCAAUAAUGGUAAGAUACCUGAAACUUUUUUCCACAUCUCGCUGUUUCCAGUCGCAAAUCAGGGUGUUUCUAAGAACACCCUCUUCUUCUUAUCAAUCAAUCUUCAUUCACUUUCCGCAAAUAAUUCAAUAGAUCAACUAUAAGAACGCUUACAAACUCAUUCAAGAAUUAUGGGUGCACGUGCUUAAUACCUGUUGCUGUUUUCCACCGCUAAGUUUCUUAUCACAAAUCACGUGAUUAGAACACCCUUCGUCAAUAAUUCAUUUAUGAAUCAUCGUCAGCUCAAUCUAUCUAUCAUUAAUUGAAUCUGAGACCCUCUCUUACAAACUCAUUCAAUCGAAUUGAACAUUUUUCUAUUAUCCCAUUUCCUAUUUUAUAUCGCUAGCUCUUUCUAAUCUACUAUCAGUUGCUUGAAACCCCUAUGAUUUUUUUGAAGAUUUAUUCGCAUGAAAUUAUUUUAAACUAUCAAAGUGACGUUAUUACAGCUUAUUAAUGAAUGUAGAAUUCAACAAAUAAUAGAAUCUAACUCACGUUAGCACAAUUUUCUCAUCAUUUCCCUAUAUGUCGUAUAGUGAGGUCCAAGUUAUAAUGGCAGUAUUUGAUUAACAUAGAUGUUGCUAUCCUUGUCUAUCAUCCGACAAAGCAGAUAGCGCUAUCCUUUUCCACCUGGGCACCUUUCUUAUAUCGUUUCUCAACAAUGUAGUAAUAUAAAUUAAUGGUAGAAUAUUUUAAUCUCAAUUAUGAAAAUGUAUUAUUAAAUUAAAAUAUUUUCCUUCAACGAAUAAAAUAUAAUUGAUCAUUUUAACAAUAAUUAACAGUUAAUAUUUCAUCAGAUAUACCAGUAUCAGCUUUAUGCUAUAGAAGGCAGUGGCAAGGCAGAGAAUCUGCAACUUUGUUCUCCUAUCUUUCUCUACUGCCAUUAUAAUGUCAACCUCACUAUAAUUGAACGGACUUGAGAAUCUGGUUGCACAACAUGGUUUUACCAAUGUGUUGUGUGCUAUGUUGUGCUACUUUUCCAUAAUGAAACCCCAAAUUGAAAUUGUCAACCUCUUUUAUAAAGUGGUUGACAAUUACAACUUGUGUUUUCAUUUUACCGAUAACAUAAUAAGUUGGAAUGUCUUGAUUGAUUUUUCAUACUAAUUUUUCCAAUAUUCUAAUAUUGAAAUGCUAUUCUUUGUCUAAUUGAAUCGAGUUGCUUUUUGAGUGUUCUCAGAGUAUAUCACUUGAAUUAAUCAUUCCAAGAAUAAUUAUUAUUAUCUUUGAAAUAGUGGAGACUGAUAACGUUAGCAUUACAUUCCAUUAUUGAGAUUAUAAUCACAGCAGCUUUUUCAUUUGAUUCUUUUCUCUCUCAUAGAGUAAAUAUUUUCUCUCAUUUCAUCAAAAAAAUUAACAUUAAUUUUUAGUCUUCCAUGUAUGUUGCGUCAAACCAAAUGCCAAAUUGUUUGUCUCCUUUUGCAGCAGUUAUUCAAUCAAAUACAUAUCAAUGAAUCACAAAACAAGGAGCCCUUCCUUUCAUUUCAUAUUCAAAAAAUUGCCAAACAUUUUACACAAUUUUAAAAUAAUUACACUGUAAGAUUUUAUUAUUGAUCAUUUCUUUAAAAGGCAAUCUCUAUCUAUCCAUUAAAUCAAAUAGAUCAUAAUUUUAUUAAUUCCGCUAACAAGAAAAAACUACCUAAAUAUUCAACAAGUGUUCGAAAAUUUUAAAUUAGAACCACAAACAAAAGUAAGGUACUCUAUCUUUAUUGAUGUAUAUGACUUGAAUUCUAAUAUUCAUGUCAACUUGACAAAUUAUUUUUUAAACCCCCCAAAAUACAAUUGUAAAAAGUAGGGUUACAACAAUAAUACUGUGAUUAUUGAAACCCUUACUCUGCCAAUUAAUCGCUUAUUCAGUUGAAUCUUACUUCUCUGAAACUUUUUGACUUUGAAUAUACUAUUUUCUUGUCGAAGUGACACUGUGAAUCUGAAAGAUUAGCUUCUUCCAUCACAUUUUAGUUUCAAGAAGCUGUGAAUAAUAUAUUUUAUGAUGUGUCAUGGAGCUUGGAUAUUUGUAUUCACAACUGAGCUUUAAUUAGGUUAUUAUAUAGUAGUGGAAGGAAGCAGAUGAUUGACAAUUAAUUGUGGUUUGUUAGUUCAAUUUCAGAAAUAUUUUUAGCUUAGUAAUUUCAGUUCGAAAUGCUGUCAAUGAUAUACUAUAUAAUGGAACAUCCCUUAUAGAUGUCGAUAGUGUGAUUGGUGUAUGAAUGUCGAUCCCAUUUAUUGGUGUAUUUAGUUAGUACGCUAGAUAAUCGUACUAUGUACAUAGGGUAAAUUAUUAUUGGGAGUUUCAUCUUGCAGCAUUAUUGUACAACAGUUGGAGUAACUUCUCGGUUCAUAUGGGGUGUAUACUAUUUAUAAAACUGUAUAAUCAUGAAUCUUGAAAGAAUCACAUGAAUCCACAUAAAACCGGAAGAGUUCGGAAUUUACAACAGUCACCACAUGUCAUUCAGGGUUGUGUGGCAGAGAGGACCUGGAGUCCUAACUCCGCCCUAAUAAAAGCAAAUAAUCAAUCUUUUCAAAAUCAGUUAUAAUUUAUUAAUAGAAUUAUUUUCUCUCUGCUACAUUCUUUAGACUAAAAAUUAACUGACAGUCACAAAUUUUAUAAACAUUUUAAUUGAAAUUGAGCAGGUUUUCAAUUAUUGUGACAUAUGAGAAAUGCGAAAAUUUAAAUGAAUUAUUUGUAUAAAUUUACUUUCUAGACUUGUAAUACAUAAUUUACAAUACUUAGAACGGUUCAAAUGCUAUUAUUAAUCAAAUGCUAUCGUGAGCAGCAUGCUCAUAUUUGCUUUAUUGAAUCAGUCUGUAUAGUUCAGAUGAAAAUAAUAUUAUAUUUAACAGUAUUCAGUAAAACAUUGAUGAUUUUUGUGGUUUAGUGAGAUCUUUCAAUGUCAUGAUGAAUUCAGUACGAUUAUUAGGUUUGAUCUAAAUGAUUAUAAAAAAUGUCCUAUUUUCAGAAACGUAUUUAGAUUUGUACAAAAUGUGUUUUUUAAUUAGUUUGAUGUAUGCAUGUGUUAUUUUUUAAUUCCUAGAUUGCUAGAUUUUCCAUAGAUGACUUUGUUUGAUACAAUACAUAACUUGGCAAGAGUGUGUCUAGAAUUUAUAAAUUAUUUUGGCGUGCCAAUUUAACAGCUAGCUCUUUUAAGUCAAAUUUGAAGAAACCGCUCUGAAGCUGCCAGCUAGAACGUUCACUAGUAUAACUAGCUUAACGUACUACAAAACCUAUUGAAUUCAAAAUGAAAAUGAUUAUGUUAUAGUGUUGUGUGUACUUUAUGUUAGUAAAUACUGCCCUCAAUUUCCAUAAACUUAUUCAAACCAACAGGUUCUUGGAAGAUUUUAAAAACAAAUUUUAAUUGUGUACAAACUUCUAUCAGACGCACAAAGUUGAAAGUAAAAUUCAAUCAAGAAAACUGAAAUUUUGUAGUGGUGAUGAUGAUGAUAAUGAUAUUAUAACAAUGAUCUGUAGACAAUGUAUCUAUGAAAUUGAUCAGAGCUGUAGAAUAUUGCCCAAAUAAAACUGUUAGAAUAGAUAAGUGAAGAGUAUUCAAUUUUUUUUAAACUGUGAACCUCCCGUAUUUAGUAUCGGAAAUUGCCGUAUACACUCGAUGACAAAUUCAAUUACCUCUAAUCAGUAAAGACAUAGUUUUGAGUCGUUUAGUCCUACACACUUCACUGCCAUCUAUUUCAAAAGAGGAUUCUAUGUAAUGCUGAACCAUAUACUGCCUACAUAUAUAUAUACCAACCUGUAUAUAAUAUAUUAUUUAACCUGUAAAUAGUUGAAAUUUGGUGAAUUAGUUAAAGUGAAAUAUGUAUUAAUUGCGGUGUGCAUUCACUUGUAACAAAAACUAUUAUAAUUGAUUAUUGUGAGAUAUCUGUAAGUCCAUACCUACUCUGAUCAUCUUUAACUUGUAUGGAACGGAAUAGGAAAUUUAUAAUUGAAUAGAAGGGUUUGUAACAAGCGAAGAAGCAUCUUUAAUAUUAUGAUUAAUGAACUGUCCCGCUGAAUAUUAUUAUGAGAAAUUAUCAGUUUUAGAUUAAACUAUGAAGAUUAAAGUUAGGAUAUAUUAUUGUGAAUUUGUAUAAAAUAAUUCAUUUAGAACUUUAAUUAUAAUAGACUCAAUAUUGUCUUUCUGCACAAAUUAUUUUUCACACCUAACUUGAAACCAGGAGUCUACUGAUUGAUAGGAAUAAUUAUCUUUUCAGUUUCGUGCAUUUAUUAAUUCUUGUACAGUAUUAAUAUUCUUAAUUUGUAUUCUUAAUACAUCAUUCAUAAUUACAAAUGUAUUCAUUUGUUCAGAUUCUCAGUUAUACAUAUAAUACAGGGAUAUAGAGAAUAAUACGUGCCGAUCAAUUGUAAUAUUAUUUAGGACUAUGGUUUAAUUAUAUGUGUUGGGUAUAAUUAUUAUCUGCUGAUAUUUAGAAAAUAGUUAAUGAAUGUAGAAUAUUAUAAGUAUACAUGCUGAGAUACGGGUGGGAUUCAUUUACAUUUUAAUUGGUCUUGAUAAAAACUACUUUCUUGUAAUAAUUUCGGCCAAUAACGUUUUUUUUUUGUCCAGAAAUCCCUAUUCUAGAAUAUUAAUUUCUAAAAUCGAAUCUAAGCCAUCUUUCUCAAUAAAACAGUAUUGAUCUGCUAUAAAUAAAUAUAUUAACUUAAAUAAAUGGAGAAACUCGAUUUCGUAAAACGUGUUUUACUGAUGCACUAAUUAAUGUUGUACAUAAUCCAUGUAUGGUAACUCAAUCAUGUAAUACACUCAUUUAGUUUUUAAUCCAUAAUCUUUCAUCAACCAAUUUUCUUCUUUGGUUGCCUGUUAUCAAUCAAAAUUACGGAAUUCAUAAACAUGUCUUGGAAUCGUUGAAGACAUAAAAUUCAAUUAACUCUAACAUAAAUGAUUAAAUUUAGAGAAACUUAAUUCCCACAUAACUCAACGAAUCUUAAUAUUAUAUUUUGCAGUUACUCUUAUACUUGAAUAGGAUAACGAAUUCGAAUCAGUUAAAUUGCUUCAUCUUAUAGACUUGAAAACUCACUUAAUUUUGACAACAAUUUAGUUUGAAAUGUGUAAGUUGUCACCUAAAACUGUAGAAUUGUCCUGAAACUGUACCUAAUCAAUUAUAAUCAUACAUGGUGCUACAAUAUGGAAAAUUUUACCAAAUUCCUAUAUGGCAAAUAAGACUGUUGAGAGAAUGUAUUUCGCUUUAGACAAAACCAAAUCCUACAUGUGAAUAGUUGAAAUGUAUCUAUCCCAAGAAGAUGUAUUAUUGAUAGGAAUUAAUUCAAAAAUGACUUGGGUUGAGGAAAGGUGAACUUCGAAACAAUGUUUGAGUUUGAAACGAGGCGAUGGUUGUGAUCAUGUGAUUGUUUCCGGCAGUAAAACUAUUUUGCUUGUGUAUUUGUGCUCUUUGUGUGGAGAACCAAAACUCUAAACCAUAAAUUGUCGUUAGAGUUGAAUUAUGUUCAGUGUUUUAAACCAAUCCAUCUUACCUUAUGUAAUUUAUUUGUUGAAUUCCAGAUAUAGACGACUAAUUACUUUUUAUUUUUAGUGAAUAAAAUAUUAUUUAUAUAU